AUGGAAUUCCAAGACGUCCAGAAAUUCGUAGUCCGCUCUAUCAAUGAGAUCACGAGCACCUUCCAAAAGGUGCCGGGCUCCGCCAUGUUGAUCCGAUACAUUCGAUCCAGCUAUCAGGACGAUCCCGUCCGCUCUGCCAUCGAAUUGAUCCUAGUGAUCUUCUUUAUCCGCUACCUCCUGUCGCCCUCGUACGUCACGCAUACUGGGAACUUUGUGAAGCUCUCCGAAGAAGAGAUUGAUGAUCUGGUCGAUGAGUGGACGCCGGAGCCUCUCGUUGCGCCGCAGACGCCAUUUGAAGAGGCCGAAAGCGAGAAGCUGCCUAUCAUUGUUGGGCCUACUGGUCCUCGAGUCAAACUCUCCAGCGGCCGAACGGUCGUCAAUCUGGCCUCCUACAACUUUUACAAUUUCGUCGGCAAUGAGCAGGUUAAGGAAAAGGCAAUUCAGACCUUGCGAACAUAUGGGGUGGGACCUUGUGGGCCUCCUCAAUUCUACGGAACGCAGGAUGUACACAUGAAGACCGAAGCAGAUAUCGCCUCCUGCUUGGGCACCGAAGGGUGCAUUGUCUACGCGCAGGCCUUCUCUACGAUCUCGAGUGUUAUCCCGGCUUUCUGCAAGAGAGGGGAUAUCAUUGUCGCCGAUCGUGCCGUCAACUAUGCUAUUCGCAAGGGUCUCCAGAUAUGCCGAAGCACGAUUCGAUAUUACGAGCACAACAAUAUGGAGGAUCUGGAACGGGUCCUGCAGAAAGUCAUCAAGGACCAGGCGAAGAAACCCUUGACGCGGCGAUUCAUCGUCACGGAAGGCCUCUCCGAGACGGUUGGAGAUUGUGUCGAUCUACCCAAGCUGAUUGAACUCAAACUUCGCUACAAGUUCCGCCUCAUGCUCGACGAAACAUGGUCUUUCGGUGUUCUGGGACGAACCGGUCGUGGUCUCACCGAGGCUCAGAAUGUCGACGCGUCCCAGGUCGACAUGCUGGUUGGUUCACUUGCCGGGCCUCUCUGUGCCGGAGGCGGAUUUUGCGCCGGCUCUACGGAUGUGGUCGAGCACCAGCGUAUCUCUGGCGCCUCGUACACCUUCUCUGCCGCCCUGCCCGCCAUGCUGGCCACGACAGCGAGCGAAACGCUCAACAUGCUUCAAACCUCCCCCGAAAUCUUGGUACAGUGCCGAGAAAAUAUCAAGGCUAUGCGUGCACAGCUGGAUCCCCGCAGUGACUGGGUCCACUGCACCAGCGCGCCUGAGAAUCCCGUCAUGCUGCUUGUCCUCAAGACGGAGGUGACCCUCGCCAACGGUGUUCUCAUCACCCGGCUCAAGAGCAUGCCGGUCGGGCCUAGCAGCGGCAAAGAUGAGGACUGGAAGCUGCAGCCCGCGCUCAAGGUCUGCAUCACCACCGGCCUGACGAAGAAGGAGAUUGAGAAGGCCGGCGUGACGAUACGACACGCUAUCACCAAGGUCCUGACCAAGAAGAGUAGUAUGAAGCUGGCGCUCCCUACCGCUCUGUGA